AGUUUUUAUCAGGAAAAGAAGAUGGUUGUUCCAUUAUUAAACUUGUUUCAUAUUCUUGACAAGUCUUUGUCUCACAACAGCCUUUCAAGGAACGGCAUUUACACAAUUCUUCCCAUAAACAGGAUGCAACACAAACAACAUUCGUUAUGGAAAACCACUGCAGAAAAAGAAGCAGCCAAGUUAUUAUCCAGUAUGAAUGUAACACAAUUGAGACAACAGGUCAAAAAGUUGGAAGAAAAGGAAAGAGAACAAAGAGAAAGAUUGCAACAAGUUUAUCAGAGUCACCUAGCGGAUCUAACAAAGGCUUUCAAAACCUUAGUGCAACAAAAAGAAAAUACCAAAUGUAUCACGCAAAGCACAAAAAGGCUUUCUUCGUUUUGUCAAAAGUGGAAUGAAGAGCAACAGGGAACUAAACGAUAUGCUUUGGGAACUUCAACAACAACGACAACAACAGUGGAUAAAGAUGAGCACUUGUUAAGACAAUGUCCAAUACAAGAGUCUAUCAUAAGUCAUUUGGAACACUAUUUGGAUAGUGGUGACUAUUUAGCUUGUCAGUUGGGUUUGCUUACAGUGAGACAAAGGAAAGAGCAGUUGGAACAAAGACUAUUAUUGACAACGCAGCCACUAAAGCAGUUUCUAGCAAGUUUUUGGGAUUAUUGUGAGAGUGUAAGUGAUAGAUUGGAGAAGAAAGUAUCGGAGUUGUUGAAAACUAACGCCAAGUUGGAUAUCUUCUCUGGCUUUGUUUUUUUACUAUUAUUGAGUCAUAGCAACCAAUCGAGUUUAGUUGAAAAAUGGAAACUAUUCUUAGAUUUGCGAUAUCGAUGCUUGUCAGAUUGUUUCUCAGCAAUAUCAUCAGAUAAGACUUCCUCUUAUAAUUUAGAACUGAUUGAGGCAGGAAUGAACAGUAUUAUGACAACAUUGCUAAUUUAUGAGAAACUACUUCAAGAACGAAAAACGCCAACUGUAAUGGAAACGAUACAAAGUUUAUACAACCGUCAACUUGACUCGAUGACUUUGCAUUUUUUACAUCGACAGUUGGAAGAUAUCAACGACCCCAACAUGGAGAUAGUUUGUGAGGAUGGUAUGAAUAAGUGGCUUGAGAAUGUGAAUCAAGAUAUGAAAUGUAAUUUGGAAGAAUGGUUGAAGCAAGUGACAACAGAACAAAAUGUGGAUAGAUUGAUUGAGAUUUUUCAUCUUCAUAUAUCCAAGUUGGAUUCUUUUUCCAUUGAGCAGAACCGAAGAAAUUUUUGGGAACAAAUAGAGAAUCUGAAACGAAUAUGGUCAAUGUCUUUAGUUACUUGUAUUCGUCACGUUUUCAAAACGAUAUUGAAUGCUAGUUUUACAAAUGCAGAACAAUUCAUUAAAGCACAUAUGGAAGGCAUCAUGAGGAACAAUAUUUCCACUUGUCUACAAACUGAAAGUUAUUGGAAACAUUGUGGAGAUUGGGCUGGAACAUUUUGGAUGUAUAUAGAUCAGGAAAGAAAUGACAAUCGAAAGAUUUUUACUUGUUCCUUGUUAGAAUCCGAUAAAUGCACAUGGGAAGUGUGGAUAGAUGAGUUUCUUAUGAAGGAUAUGAAUAUACGUAUUUGGUAUGAUCCACUUAUUGAGCAUUUGAAACGGUUAUUCCAUCAAACCUUUCCUUCCUUGUUAUCGUUACUUUUACAUGAAGAAAGACAAUCGGUAUUAGAUAGGAUUCAUAAGCAAAUUUUGCAAUGCUAUUCACAAUUCUUGCAGUCUUUAGAAAAGCAAUUGGAUGGAAUAAUGUCACAUAUUUGUUUGCUUUGCCAAGAAAAAGAAAUGGAAACUAGCGAGUCCCUUACAAAACAGGAUUUUGUCUUAUCUGGUUUAUUAUAUUUAUAUCGUUGUGUUCGAAUUUUGAGACAUCUCAAUCUUUUUCCAUCUUCCAUAGAAGAGUUAGGUUCCGAAUGGAUAGGAAAAAGAAAUCAACUUUUCACGGAAAUGGAACUCAAAUUUCGACAUCAUCUCAUUCAUCAUAUGAUAUUUCUUUCUAUUCUUCAAUCGUUGAAGACACAAUCACUUACUUAUUGUUCUUUGGAAAACAUUUCUACUUGUUCUGAUUCCAGUGAAGAUAGUAUUGAGUUGGACUCCAAGUAUCCUUCAGAAUCUCUCAUUCAGUGGUUUAUGGAGCUUGGCAAAUAUACUCAACUGCUGGAUGCAUUACAUUUUACAGAGGAUAUACAAAUAUUCCGUCUUUUUACUUGUUCUCAUUUUAUGAAAUGGUUAGAAUGUUUUGGUGUCAUGAAGAACUUGAAAGAUGGUAAGUUAACCAAUCUAUCCAUCACAUUGCAGUUGUAUAUGGACCUUAUAUGGAUGGGCGAUAUUUGUUUUUCACAACAUGAGACAAGCAAUACAGAGCAAGAAACCAACAAUGAUGUUUAUUCCAAAUGGAAAGAAUAUAAAACUACUCUGGAGACUCUUCUAAAUACACAAAAUCUUCCAAGUAAUUGGAAAGAGCAACUAGAGUCGAAUACUUGUUUCCAUUUUGAUAGAAUGGGACAUUUGUUGGGAAGACUAAGUAUUUCAAGUUACUCAAAACAACAAACUGCACAAGUAAAACAGGCAACAUUCAAGGAAGCUUAUUCAUCACCUAUCUUACCAGUUGUGGCACGAUUUCCUUAUUUGCCUGCACCAACUCCUUCUUUAUUACAUCGACAUAGAAAUAGACGUGCAUCGGAAAAUAAGUUGUUCGAGAGUUCAGAAACCAAAACAUGGAAACAGGUUUCUUCUAAUGUGCAAAACAAGCAGAAGAAAGAAUAUACGAAUACAUCUGUUGUAGACUUUGCUUCUCAGUUUGUUGGUCAACAAAUGGGACGUUUUGGUUCCAAAUUUUUGGAAUCUUUGAAAACUUACGGUGAAGAACAGGCACUGUUACGUUAUUUAGAUCUUCGCAAGUCUUCUCCACACUUUACAAAGAGACUUGUGGAAGACCUUUAUGUGGAAGGAAAGAAACCUAGCGGUACCGUAAUUUUAAAAGCACUGGGUAUAGCAACUCGUUGGAGACUCUAUCAAGAUGCUUAUUUUUAUUACGAGUUGAGUAGAGGACUAGGCUUACGUCCUGCAAGCUCUUUUUAUUCCAACCUUAUUACACUGUGUGGUUGUCGCAAAGAUUGGAACUCUGCUUUUCGAUUUUAUCAGGAAGUCAUUCACGAAGGAGUUCCAACUGAUUAUUUAUUAUACCGCUCUCUCUUAUUUUGUUGUGCAGUUUUGGGUGAUUCCGAUAGAAUCAAGUAUGUUGUGGCGUUGAUGCAGAAAGAAGGUUUGUCUCUCGAUGAAACUUGCCAUGCAAUCCUUAUGGAAUGUUGUCGAAUCCGGCAGGACUACGAAGAAGGAUUGAGUAUAUUUGAAAAUAUGCCAUUGACUAGAACACAUCGUACUUUUCAAGUGUUGUUUGGUAUAUGUCGUGAUAUGAAUGACUAUUCCAAAGCUAUGUAUUAUUAUGGACAGUUUUGUACAGAACAGUUGACCUUUUCGGAAAUUUCAAUCUCUUUGUUAUUAGAUACGGUAAUCAAGCAUCGACAGUGGAAUCUAGUAUUUGAAUUGUUUCACAAAUCUGUUCAACAAGGCAUUCAUCCUAUGCCUUUUAUCUACUUUCAAUAUGCAUUGGGCUUGUUGCGUGAAAAACAAAUGGAUCGUUCACAAGUGUUGAAUAUAUUGCAUUCCAAACCACCCAAUGUAUUCAUUCUUAAUAGUCAAUAUAAAGCUUUGAUUGCAGAAGCCAAGUCUCGUGGAGAUUCGUCUUUAGUAACAGACUUGACAUUGUUAUCCAACAAAGAUCGAGUGAUGGAAUCUAAAGUAGAAUCUUAUGCACAGGAGUUACAAGCAAUGGGUUGCUUGUUGCCUUUUGGAGAAUUGAAACGUCUGGCUGUUUAUCGGUACCAAAGUGCUAAAGGAAAUGCACCACCUCCUCCUUUAUGGAGUUUAGGAUAUUGAAAAAGUUCCUUUUGGAAUCAUUAUGUGAAGAGAAAAUCUAGAUGA